ACUCGCUCGCUCCCCCCGCCAGCGGAAGCGCCCGCGGAGCACAAUGCAGCACUAAGCCGCGGUGGAGGCUGCAGCGCCACGGCCGACGCAGCACCGGCUGGGGCUGGGAGGAGGUGGCGGUGGGGAGCCCAGGGGCGCGGAGCGAGGGAAACGGACUCGGCGGCCGCGGCAUGAGGAGCUGAGCCUUUCGGGCGAGGCGGGCUGACGGCAGCACCAUGCAGGCGGCGGUGGCUGUGUCCGUGCCCUUCUUGCUGCUCUGCGCCCUGGGGACAUGCCCCCCGGCGCGCUGCGGCCAGCAGGCAGGAGACGCCUCAUUGAUGGAGCUAGAGAAGAGGAAGGAAAACCGCUUCCUGGAGCGCCAGAGCAUCGUGCCGCUGCGCCUCAUCUACCGCUCGGGCGGUGAAGACGAAACUCGGCACGAUGCGCUCGACACGCGGGUGCGGGGCGACCCCGGCGGCCGGCAGUUGACUCAUGUUGACCAAGCAAGCUUCCAGGUUGAUGCCUUUGGAACGUCGUUCAUUCUCGAUGUCGUGCUAAAUCAUGAUUUGCUGUCCUCUGAAUACGUAGAGAGACACAUUGAACAUGGAGGCAAGACUGUGGAAGUUAAAGGAGGAGAGCACUGUUACUACCAGGGCCAUAUCCGAGGAAACCCUGCCUCAUUUGUUGCAUUGUCAACAUGCCAUGGACUUCAUGGGAUGUUCUAUGACGGGAACCACACAUAUCUCAUUGAGCCAGAAGAAAAUGACACUACUCAAGAGGAUUUCCAUUUUCAUUCGGUUUACAAAUCCAGACUGUUUGAAUUUCCUUUGGAUGAUCUUCCAUCUGAAUUUCAACAAGUAAACAUUACUCCACCAAAAUUUGUUUUGAAGCCAAGACCAAAAAGGAGUAAACGGCAGCUUCGUCGAUAUCCUCGUAAUGUAGAAGAAGAAACCAAAUACAUUGAACUGAUGAUUGUGAAUGAUCACCUUAUGUUUAAAAAACAUCGGCUUUCCGUUGUAUAUACCAAUACCUAUGCGAAGUCUGUGGUGAACAUAGCAGACGUAAUAUAUAAAGACCAACUUAAGACCAGGAUAGUAUUGGUUGCUGUGGAAACCUGGGCGACUGACAACAAGUUUGCCAUAUCUGCAAAUCCAUUGAUCACCCUACGUGAGUUUAUGAAAUACAGGAGGGAUUUUAUCAAAGAGAAAAGUGAUGCAGUACACCUUUUUUCGGGAAGUCAAUUUGAGAGUAGCCGGAGCGGGGCAGCUUAUAUUGGUGGGAUUUGCUCGUUGCUGAAAGGAGGAGGCGUGAAUGAAUUUGGGAAAACUGAUGUAAUGGCUGUUACACUUGCCCAGUCAUUAGCCCAUAAUAUUGGUAUUAUCUCAGACAAAAGAAAAUUAGCAAGCGGUGAAUGUAAAUGCGAGGACACGUGGUCCGGGUGCAUAAUGGGAGACACCGGCUAUUAUCUUCCUAAAAAGUUCACCCAGUGUAAUGUUGAAGAGUAUCAUGACUUCCUGAAUAGUGGAGGUGGUGCCUGCCUUUUCAACAAACCUUCUAAGCUUCUUGAUCCUCCUGAGUGUGGCAAUGGCUUCAUUGAAACUGGAGAGGAGUGUGACUGUGGAACCCCGGCCGAAUGUGCCCUUGAAGGAGCAGAGUGUUGUAAGAAAUGCACCUUGACUCAAGACUCUCAAUGCAGUGACGGUCUUUGCUGUAAAAAGUGCAAGUUUCAGCCUAUGGGCACUGUGUGCCGGGAAGCAGUAAAUGAUUGUGAUAUUCGUGAAACAUGCUCAGGAAAUUCAAGCCAGUGUGCCCCUAAUAUUCAUAAAAUGGAUGGAUAUUCAUGUGAUGGUGUUCAGGGAACUUGCUUUGGAGGAAGAUGCAAAACCAGGGAUAGACAAUGCAAAUACAUCUGGGGGCAAAAGGUGACAGCAUCAGACAAAUAUUGCUAUGAGAAACUGAAUAUCGAAGGGACGGAGAAGGGUAACUGUGGGAAAGACAAAGAUACAUGGAUACAGUGCAACAAACGGGAUGUCCUUUGUGGUUACCUUUUGUGUACCAAUAUUGGCAAUAUCCCAAGGCUUGGAGAACUCGAUGGUGAAAUCACAUCUACUUUAGUUGUGCAGCAAGGAAGAACAUUAAACUGCAGUGGUGGGCAUGUUAAGCUUGAAGAAGAUGUAGAUCUUGGCUAUGUGGAAGAUGGGACACCUUGUGGUCCCCAAAUGAUGUGCUUAGAACACAGGUGUCUUCCUGUGGCUUCUUUCAACUUUAGUACUUGCUUGAGCAGUAAAGAAGGCACUAUUUGCUCAGGAAAUGGAGUUUGCAGUAAUGAGCUGAAGUGUGUGUGUAACAGACACUGGAUAGGUUCUGACUGCAACACUUACUUCCCUCACAAUGAUGAUGCAAAGACUGGUAUCACUCUGUCUGGCAAUGGUGUUGCUGGCACCAAUAUCAUAAUAGGCAUAAUUGCUGGCACCAUUUUAGUGCUGGCCCUCAUAUUAGGAAUAACUGCAUGGGGUUAUAAAAACUAUCGAGAACAGAGGUCAAAUGGGCUGUCUCAUUCUUGGAGUGAAAGGAUUCCAGACACAAAACAUAUUUCAGACAUCUGUGAAAAUGGGCGACCUCGAAGUAACUCUUGGCAAGGUAACCUGGGAGGCAACAAAAAGAAAAUCAGAGGCAAAAGAUUUAGACCUCGGUCUAAUUCAACUGAGACUUUAUCUCCUGCCAAGUCUCCUUCUUCAUCAACUGGGUCUAUUGCCUCCAGCAGAAAAUACCCUUACCCAAUGCCUCCACUUCCUGAUGAGGAGAAGAAAGUGAACCGACAAAGUGCCAGGCUAUGGGAGACAUCCAUUUAAGAUCAACUGUUUACAUGUGAUACAUCGAAAACUGUUUACUUCAACUUUUAUAGAAACCCAGGCUCAUGGAAUCACUGCAAAUCUAUCUGCUCUUCAGACAAUACGAAGACCCUCUGAGAUGCUACAGGGGAGAGGAAGCGGAGUCUCACAUCUGGUUACCAUUUUCUUUUUGUCAUUGGCUUAGGAUUUAACUGAAUCAUGACAAGAACUACUGAAAUGUUACACUAUAACAUGGAACAAUAAAGGUACUGGUAUGUUAAUGGAUAAUCCGCAUGACAGAUAAGACGUAGAAAUAUCCAUAAAGUUAACUCACAUGACCCAAAUGUAGCAAGUUUCCUAAGGGACAAUAGUGGAUUCAGAACCUGAUGUUCUGAAGCACAUCCUCACUGUAAACAGUAAUGCUAUAUGCAUGAAGCUUCUGUUUAUUGUUUUCCAUAUUUAAGGAAACAACAUCCCAUAAUAGAAACGAGCAUGCAGGGCUAAGGCAUAUAGGAUUUUUCUGCAGGACUUUAAAGCUUUGAGAGGCCAAUAUCCCAUAGGCUAACUUUAAACAUGUAUUUUAAUUUUUGUUUUGUUUUUUACUUUUCAUAUUUAUAUUAGCAUACAAGGACAAUUGUAUAUAUGUAACAUUUUUAAAAUUUAAAGAAAUGCAGCUGUUACACACAAGUGUAUUUUGCCAAAUGCCUAAAAAUUCAGUCACAAUCACAUCAUCAUCAUCCAUCCAGUGAUCUUCAAAGACUAUAAGCAGGUAAUGUUGUAAAUAUAGUGGUCAGUGCUGUAAAUGUGUCUCUCCAUAAUUGGUAUUUGUCCAAAACAUGUGAUAUCCCUUUAACCUGUGCACAGUCUGGAGGCGCAGUUUUAUUGAGUAAGUAAUUGAGUGAGAGAACAAAAUGCCCAGCAAAACUUCUGGCCUCCACAGUUUGCUGAUGCAGGAGCCCACUCUGCUCCCGAUGGGCUGCUCCCUGGAAAUCAUCCAUCCCAUCCAUCCAUCCCAUCUCAUCCCAGUGAGCCAGCCCCUCAGCAAUGUGUCCUGCUGAGAUUAAGCAAGUGCACCAAAGACACAUGAGACCACGUACUGCCAGUGAGCUGGUAGCUUCUGACUUGCCAAUAUUCUAACCCUUUGUGGCCUGAAGUUUUGUUCCUUGACAAAACUUUUCAGUCACCCUUAUCUGUGAAAUGAAUGACUUGUUUUAACAAAAACAACUUUGACACUAUUGAUUAAGAAUAUUUAUCAUCACUGGGAUGUGAAUCCCAACAAGUCAUUCUGCACUCACUCUGGUGCAAGAUGAUGGAAGAUUCUACUGUUUGAGUUGGGUAGCCUCAACCGUUCAUAAAGGGUUAAGUUAGAUCUGAACCACAGAGAUGCGGAAACUACAAAGCUACACUAACAGCUGGCAGGGGGAAAGAAUCUGAUGCUUUGAACCAUGUAUUUUUUAAUCCAUAGGAAAAUAAGAUUCUAUUUUAAAAGACCCUUCUUUAAAACCAAAGUUUGAUAACUGUUAUAAUGGCAGAUCUGUCAUUCCAAAAGAAAGCUAGCUACCCUAGUGAGGCUGGAGAUUGAUGGGCUCAAUCACAUGGUCUGCUCUGAAGUAUAGCUCUGAAGUAUACUUCUGAUUUCCUAAUUUUCUGUGUGUUCUUAAGGAGUAUGGAACCUGCAGACAGGGCUUCAGAAAUAAUCUCUAAAUUUGAUCCUCUUCCAUAGUAUCCAUGGACAAAAUCCAUAUCAUCUUCAUAUGUAAUCAAAUUGAUUACAUAUGAUGCCCAAACUGAAGGGCCGAGUUAGAAGGCAGCAUUUUGUGCUUUGUGUUUAUGUCUUCGGUAAUGGACCUCUCUUUUGAAAGUCUUUGAAAUGGUUGGAAAACAAUUUAAUGAUCCAAAAUUACAUAAUGUAAAACAGCAUUCUUCAUGACAGGAAGGGAUGUGAUUGUUAAUAUGACCAUAAAGCAAUCCAUCAGGCCAAGGUUUGGGUGAGUGUUGGGCACUGUUGCCACAUAGCUCAAGCCAAGAACAGAAGGGCAGACAGAUUGAAAGAUGUAGCAAAUAAAGUGACUUUUUACCAAGAUCACUGUAAUGUGCACUGAAUGUUUCCUGGUAUUGAGUGUAUAAAAGGCUAAUGCUAUAAGGUUUAUUUUGACUAUAGAAGAGUUUAUAGAUUUGAAUAUAAGGUGCCUCAUGUAAAUAUGCUUCCUAGUUACAGGUACACAAACUCUAAUUUGAAAGAAUCCACAAAUGGCUAGCUGAGAAGUUAACAGAUCUCUGUCUAUCAUCCAUCCGUGUGUCUUUCUCCCUUCACCUAUUUUUACAUGAAAUUAUUAUUUCAAAUGAAAAUCAUUAUCAUGUGCCUUUUGGGAGACAUGGUUGCUCUAGAGGUAUAUAGUUUGUAAUUACCCUCCUUGGAAGCUCCACCUUCCUGUGGAACUGAGUAAAAAUUUUUAUGUUUUAUUUUUAGAGAUUAUGAUUUUAGGUAUAUAGUAACUUUAAUGUUCUAUUCUUAGAAUCUACUCUAUCUCCCAUGUUUAAACAUUCUUAGAGCCAUUUGUGGGAUUCAUUGACAAAUUUGUAGUCUCAAGGGAGAGUUUCAAGAAGUAUCUGUAUGUAUACUUAUGGUUUGGGGUUCUAGAGGCAUUACAUCUAAAUAUUUAUGACUUUUCAUCCACUGAGGUAGGUAGCAUUAAAUAUAUAAGCACAGCAUUAUUUCUCUUUAAAUACCUAUUUUGAAGAGAAACUUUGAGGCCAUAUAACAGUUUAUAUCAUGCAACUAAUAUUUAUAUUUCCCAAUCCACUACAAAAUCAUUGCUAAGCAGAAGAGAGCAGUUACUUGGCCUUUAUGUUUCAUUGUAUGCCUUUUCCCCCUCUUUCUAAAGUUUUAUGCAUUGAUAAGACUACAGAUUGGCACCCAGCUGCCCGAGAUGUUCCAUUUAUCCAUAGUCGUCGUUGUGCAGUCAACCCUGAUUUAAAGGAACAUUUAAAUCUCUCCAGUAAGUGUCAACAGGAAGGCAUGGGAUAGCAGGGAGUCCUUACGGAGAGGACUGGCCACAUGAACUGUCCUCUGCAUCCAGCCACUCUUUAUUUAGAUGGGAAGUGUCAUGGUCCUCUGAACGCUGCAAGCUGGAAAUGAUCCCCAGGGCACAUGCAAUCUGUGGAAAGGAAUAAAUCAGACAGUGCAACAUGAUGAGGGCUUUCAAUUUGCUGUGGUUGCUGUAUUUUUAACAAGAAACCCAGAGCUUCGAUUAGGAAUAACCUAUCAGAGUUGUUCCUUUAAAAAAUACUGAUGAAUAAAGCAAAUGUGGGCUUAAAAUGCCAACUUAUUUUUCACUUUGAUAUUGGUGCUUUAAGUGAUGCCAUAGUUUGUCUCUUUUCCCUCUCACUUUAAAAAGAAUUUUAAAAUUGUGUUUGUAUAUAGGGUCAGUCUGGCAUAGAAUUUCUGAAAGUAACAUUAAUAGGGUUUCUAAAGAAGUUGUCAGUAAGACAAAAUUAGAUAUUCUGUGCACUUUCCAAGAAGGACUCUUUAUGUUUGAAUUUCAAAGCAGGCUUACAUUUCUUUUGUGUUGAUUCCCUUGCAUAUCUACAUAAUUUAAUCCUGUCUAUUGUCCGAGAUCUCUUAUGGCUACUUUACCUGUUACCUUUUUUGGAAUUUUGUUCUUUAUGUUUUACAGUUACCUUUGGACCAGAAGAUAUAUGAUAUUUUUAUUCAUUUUUUUCAGUGUUUUAAAAUAAGGUUUGUUCGUUUUAUCCAUUCAUUUCCUAUUGUUAUGUAGUUCUAUUUUAACCAUAUAUAUAUAGUACUUUAAAUAAAUUUUCUUAUGUUAUUAUUUAACACAAUAAUAAAUCCUUAUCUAAAUAAAAGACUAUUUUACUUUAUUUUGCUUAAAGGAAAGAUAAUUUAUUGGCAGGAUAUUGAGUAGCUUGUAGAGUAUAUGGGAAGGGGAGAGCCAAAUUAAGAACUGGCAGGAGUGAGGAGGGAUGAGACAGCUGCCUGCACAGUCUGAUAGGACACAUCUGGCUGCUGCCACUGGAUGCCCACAUGGACAGCAUAUCAUAAAUAUCACCCUACCAGUUGGUAAGUUGGCAUGAAUUUUCCAUGAAACGCUCUUGACUCCCAUUUGCACCGUCAUAUCUACUUUUUAUGCACCUAAUUAUAUUUUUCCUUUAACUUUUAUGGUUUUUUUUUCUUCUAAAACUGCCAUCUAAAUACCUUUCCACUCUGUUAAAUGUAUGGAGUCAAGAUAAAUUUCUCACUCUUGCUCUGCGGCUUAAGAUGUAUAGGAAGUAAACACUCCAUGGAAUAGGGCUUAAUUUGGGGCUCAGAUGUUUGGUUUUUUUCCUCCUUAGAUGUUUUUGAAUGGAUAAGACUACUCUGGUUUUGGAAGCAGCAACUUUUCUCCUGACCUGGAAGAACUAAGGACUUUGAUAAACAAUUUCCCAUUGAUAGUAUAAUAUAAUGAGGGGCCCAGUCUGCUCUUGUGAAAAUUGGCCCAGCGGCAGGCAGCAGCCCAUCCCAGCUGUGUGUGAGUAGCCCUGCUGUUAAAAGUACACCUGCUGGGAAUUGUUGGCACAUGCUCAUAGCAUAUGCUCUGGGGGGAGGUGCUUUUAAUUCCAAGAGGAGCUUUUCUAUCACGUCUGCAGAUGCAGAGCAAAGAUACAGCAGGACUUUAGAAAACAGGAGUGUUUCUAUUCACAUUUUAUUCAUUGCUUUGUUAGUCCCCCAAAUGGAGCAUCUUCUGGUUGUUUGUAAGCAGAAAAAACAAAACAUUCAAAACCAAAAACCUAAUUAAUACUUUUGUCCUUUAUAUCCAUAGUCUGACAAGCAAGCAAGCAUCCUCACGGUGAGAUUUUGAGGGAUGCUUCCAGAACCGUCCCGCUUCCUAUGUAGCUCCCCCUUCAGUAGCUGUGCAACUCUUUCCUCCUGACUAGGAACUUCUCUAUUGUGGAAGUCAGUUCCUUUGGCUAAGCUGUCCCUUGAGAGAACCCUAGGAUGCCCUAGGGAGUAGAGGUGGCAGGCAUCUUUAUCUUCGCCCACUGGCACAUUAGCAGCUUAUGCAACUUAGGAAGUCACUGGGAGAUGAGUCCCAAGAGGGUGAAUUUCAGGAUGGGGAGGAGAUAAGAAGCAGAGAACUUUGGGAGAUCAUGGGGCAUUUAGUUCUGGCACAGAUGCAGAAUGAAUAUCCACAGGAAGAUUCCUGAAGCCAGAUAUGCAGGAGAGCACACAUUGUUACGAGGGGUGUGAUGGGAAGAGAGGUGCUGGAUGCCUAAGACAGACUUGUGUGCUUGGCAGAUUGACUGAGUGUUGACUCUGAAUACUUUGUGGUCCAGUCCAUGAUAGGUCAGUCACUCUUGCCUGAUGCAUCCCUGUUGCAUUGUUCAUAGAACCUGUAUCAUAUGGGGAAGCUUGAAGGCUGGCAGGCUUUUCAUCAAGGAAUCAUCAUUUCAUGUUCUUAAGUAUCCUUGAAAUCAAAACCAGGCAAUGUGUGUUUUUGGUUUUGUUUUACAAAAAGGCAUACAAUGAGACCAAUUCUUAAGAUAAUGCACAUACAGAAUCAUCAAUAAAGUUUCAAAGAGUUUAUGAAGAAAAGGUAUUUUCCUUUCUUGUAAAAAUAAUAUUAUAUAUAUAUAUAAUAUGCUGAUCUGCAUUCACCCUAGGGCUUAGCCUCUUGUUUUAUGAAUUUUCAGGCUGUGAUUUGUGUUGGAUGGUUAAGCUCUAAAAUAAUGCAAAUAGCCCCAAUCUUUAAAUAUAGCGGUGCUAAGUUGAACAAGUAACACAAUACAGAAAAUGCUGAUAUGAAUUAAUACUUAGUAAUAAUACAAAAGUUCCUGCUAAAUUAUAUAUGUGUAUCACUGCCUGAUUAGAAACCCCACUUUUCUUUCCUAAUCCAGCACAAAAUCAAACUCUGAUUCUACAACCAGUCUUUUUAAAGGGCAAAAAUGACUCAACACCUUUGUUUUGUAUGGAAAAACUUUUUUUUUUUUUUUUUACACUAACUGCAAAAGUGCUUAAAAAAAUGUUUAUUCAGGAUAACUAAGCAUGUACUCCUUUUUUAACUUGCUGGAAGACUUGCCCCUCCAAACUAGCACCCCCAAAAGACAACUUCUUUCAGAAACUGGGUGUUUUACCUAAACAUAGUAGCUUAAAUAUUAGCCAGCAGUAGGUCAGCACUAGUGUUUUCCACGGUUAUCACCUUUGACAGGUGAUGUCCAUCUAUAGAUAGUGGAAGCCACCCCAUGGGGAGGUGUUAAUAGCAGCAUGGUUUCACUUUUGGUAAUCAGGUAAUCAUGUGUAUAUACUUAGAUUCGCAUUAUUUUAACAUUUCUCUGCUACUCUGCACUUCAGGUUCGUUAAGCUAUUUUAAUAAUUACUGGGGUUCUGGCAAACACCAAUGGAAAUGUAUAUGGCAACUGCUUUCCUGAGCAAGUGUAAUUUGUUUUAUGGCUGUUCAAGUUAUAAAAUUGCUCUUACAUUGUAGGUAAACAAAAUCUUGAUGUUUUUAAAGGUCACUGUAACCUAAGGUUCAAAUUUCUGGCACAGUUUUAUUAGUAUUCACUUUGAAAGCUAAUAAGAUACCAUGGUUUUCUAUGUUACUCUCAUUGUAACAUUAGUAAACUGACUUUCAAUAAAAGAUUUAUGUUAUUUUGA